AUGAAGAAACAACAUAAAAAGAAUGUCAACCCUCCAAAUCAAGCUCCUCCUAGAUGCAAUGACUCUACCACAUCAGAGUUCAUUGGGUUGGAUUUAAAUAAAGAACCUGAAAGGCAUAAUUAUUCGUACGCCAUUGACUUAAAUGAAGAACCACGAAUGCAUGAUCCAUUCCUAAUGAAGAGUAUUCCUGAUGUAUUUCAUGAUUACAUCGACAAGAUACAAGAUGUACUCGGUGAUGGAAACUGUGGGUUUCGAGCGGUAGCUGUUAGUCUAGGGCACAGUGAAGACCAAUGGCUAUACAUUAGGCAACAAUUGCUUGAAGAGUUAGAAAGUCAAUUUUAUGCAUACCAACAAGUUUUUACUGAUGGGUUCAAUGAGUAUUUCCUACACCAUCGUGACUUGCUUCAUCUGAUAGCUUAAUGGACUCAAUUACUUCAAUGCAACAAAGUGGAAUCAUCAAUAUUUGAGUUGGUGGAAUCAUUUUAGAGACACAGGAAAGUGGAUGGCAAAAACAACUUAAAAGAUUUAAACAUAUAUCCAUUGGAUAAGUUUGAUUUAGAUGGUCCUUUUUGAGCCUUAAUAAUCGUCAUUUUUUUAACGGUUAGUUUUUUUAUAUUUUUGAUUUGAAUGGCUAUUUAGAUUUCUAGUUGGAUUGUUGUUUGAUCAUAUUUUUUUAGUAAAAAUUUGGUUAUAUAACUAAGUUUUAUAUUUUAAA